AUGCACCCUCUUCGAAAGGUUCCUGGACCAUUUCUGGCCAAGCUUACCAGCAAAUGGCUUGAAUACAAGGAUCACUCUGGCGUACGGACAGCCACCCUUCAUGAAAUGCACAAGAAAUAUGGACCUGUCGUCCGAAUUGCGCCCAAUGAAGUACUUUUCUCCAACCCAGCAGUCAUCAAGAAGAUUUACGGAUUCAACUCGUCCUACAUGAAAACUGCCUUCUAUAGCGGAUUCGAGGAACCGGGCAGACCCGUCUUGUUCACCUUGAGAGACAAGAUGAUCCAUCGAGAUCGCAGGAAGUUGAUGGCCCAUGCUUUCACCCAAUCCACGAUCAGUGCAGCGGAGCCUCUGGUAGCGGAGCAAGUGAGAAAGUUCAUUGGCCGAGUAACGCGUCAGAAUGGCGCCGCGUUGAAUGUUUACGCUUGGUUCCGUUCGCUCACCUUGGAUGUCGUCUCUUCUCUGUUCUUGGGGGAAGCAAUUGGAGCCCUCGACCAGGACAAGCCUCACGAAUACAUGAACAACAUCGAUGCUUAUUUCCAACUUGCUGGUCUAAAAUGGCAACUGCCUUGGCUUCUGCCGUUGACAUGGUGGAUUCCUCUGUCUUCGUGGCAACACUUUCAGGGAGCACAACGCAGGGUCUACAAUUAUGGCCGUGCGGCUUUUAAGGAAUACAUUGAACGGUACGGGCGAGAUUCGGGUCGGGAUGAUCCUUUGAAGAAAAUCAUCCACGGAGACAAAGAUCUCCCUCCACUGUCCGAUGAGCAGAUUUGUUGCGAGGUUGGCAGCGUCCUCGUUGCCGGUACAGAUACCACUGCCACCGUGCUGACAUACACUGCAUGGGAACUUGCUGUAAACUCUGGCAUACAAUCCCAGUUGCGAGAAGAACUCAAGACUGUAAAGAUGAACCCGGGUCCUUCGGGUGUCCCUCGGUACUCGGAAAUCGAGUCACUUCCUCUACUGGAUGGCAUUGUGCUCGAAGGGCUGCGACUACAUGGACCUGCAGUUGCAAGCCUACCUCGUCAGGUUCCUGCCGGAGGUGAUAUGAUCGACGGAUAUUUCAUUCCUGGAGAAACCACGGUGUCCAUGCAAGCUUACACCGUACACCACAACGAAAACAUCUUCCCGGAUGCGGAUACGUUUAAACCUGGAAGGUGGGCGGACGGUGGGACGCAACAGAUGAGAGAUGCAAGCCUGCAGUGGUCCAAAGGCUCACGCAUGUGCCCAGGACUGCAUCUCGCUACAAUGGAGCUCAAGAUGGUCCUUGCAUCGUUGGUCCUUGGAUGGACGAUCAGCGUGGGUGAAAGGAUGGAAGAGGACACCAUGGACAUGGUGGAUCAUUUCGUCCUUAUGCCAAAAGGCAAUUUCUGCGAUUUGGUCUUUGAACCGCUCAAGCCGUGA